CAACACUUCAGAAACAUUAUUUAAUAAUUAACGCAAGUUUAAUACGAUUUCCAUAUACAUUGACCCUUGCCAUCUUGAAUUUUAAAUCUGUCUAACCAAAAUUUUAUAAACAAGGUAUAAAAGACAAUGAGAACGGUAUUCAAUCGUUAGUUUAAGGUUUUAACUCAAAAAGAUCAAAUAUGUCGACUACAACCGCAGGUCCUGACCUAGUCAGCCCUGGUGGAGCCAAUUUGGCUACCAGCGUUUUUUACUUCCUCCUAGUACCAGCUGCAAUUCUAUUCUACGCUUACUGGAAAAUUUCCCGUAAACAUUUGAAUGAAUUAGCAGACAAGAUCCCAGGACCCGAUGGAUUACCUAUUAUUGGUUUAGCUUUGGAAUUCAUUGGUAGCUCAUCAGAAAUUUUCAAGAAAGUAUACGCAAGAUCUUUCGAGUUCGGAUCCACCGUCAAAUUUUGGGUCGGACCCAAACUACUUAUCUUCUUGGUCGACCCAAGGGAUGUAGAAAUCAUUCUGAGUAGUCACGUGCACAUCGACAAAGCUAGCGAGUACAGAUUCUUCAAACCUUGGUUGGGAGAUGGUCUCCUCAUCUCCACCGGUCAAAAAUGGAGGGCGCACAGAAAACUCAUAGCCCCCACUUUCCACUUGAACGUACUCAAAUCCUUCAUCGACUUGUUCAACGCUAACUCCAGAGAAGUCGUACAAAAACUCAAAAAAGAAGCAGGCAAAGAAUUCGAUUGCCACGAUUACAUGUCAGAAGCUACUGUUGAAAUUCUUUUGGAAACCGCUAUGGGUGUCAGCAAGAAAACGCAAGAUCAAAGCGGUUAUGACUACGCUUUAGCUGUCAUGAAGAUGUGCGAUAUCUUACAUAUCCGUCACACGAAGAUCUGGCUCAGACCUGACAUCAUUUUUAACUUUACCAAACACGCUACCAACCAAAAGGGGUUGAUUAACACCAUUCACAGCUUGACCAGGAAAGUUAUUAAGAAGAAGAGGGCUGAUUUCGAAAAAGGAAUCCGAGGAUCAACUGCUGAAGUACCAGAAGACGCCAAGACCCAGAAAUACGAAAAGAACGUCGCCUCCAAGACCGUCGUUGAAGGUCUGUCCUACGGACAAUCCGUUGGUCUUAAAGACGAUUUGGACGUAGAAGAUGAUGUAGGCGAGAAGAAGAGAAUGGCAUUCUUGGACUUGCUUAUUGAAGCUUCACAAAACGGUGUCGUAAUCAACGACGAAGAAAUCAAGGAACAAGUAGACACUAUCAUGUUCGAAGGUCACGAUACCACAGCUGCUGGAAGUAGUUUCUUCCUGUCCAUGAUGGGAAUCCAUCAAGAAAUCCAAGAUAGGGUUAUUCAAGAAAUUGACGAAAUCUUCGGCGAUUCUGACAGACCAGCUACCUUUGCUGAUACUUUGGAAAUGAAAUAUUUGGAAAGAUGCUUGAUGGAGACAUUGCGUAUGUACCCACCAGUGCCCAUAAUUGCUAGACAACUCAAACAGGACGUAAAAUUAGCUUCUGGAGAUUAUACAUUACCAGCUGGUGCCACCAUCAUUAUCGGUACUUUCAAGAUCCACCGUGACCCUAACACUUACCCCAACCCUGACAAAUUCGAUCCCGACAAUUUCUUACCUGAACGCAGUGCCAACAGGCAUUAUUAUUCUUUCAUUCCAUUCUCAGCUGGACCAAGAAGUUGUGUUGGUCGUAAAUACGCCAUGUUGAAAUUGAAAAUCCUUCUUUCAACAAUCUUGAGAAACUACAGGGUCCAAUCAGAUAUCCAAGAGAAAGAUUUCCAACUCCAGGCUGAUAUUAUACUCAAGAGGGCAGAAGGUUUCAAGAUCAAGCUAGAACCUAGGAAACGUGAACUUAGAGCGUAACUCCGAUGAAUAUUAUUUAGCUAAUGACAGUGAUUUUACUAAUUUAUAAUAGUUUUUAAGUUGUUUUUUUGAGUGUUUUGUAAUAUAUUUAGUUUAUCUGUAUUUCAAAUGCAAUAGUGAACAAGUUUCAUUACUAUUUUCGUUUUAUUUUUUAUAACCUUUAUUUAAACACCAAUCAAUAAGAUUUUAUGUAUAGGAAGAAAUAAUUUCUAGGCUAAAAUGUCAUUCUAUGGACAUU